AAACCAAAAGAAGAAAAAAAAAGAAAAACAGAGAGGAAAACACAAUCAAUCAAUUUGUUUGAAGAAGCAUGGGGAAAUCGGAAUCGGCCAAAGAAUGUAAGAGACACCCAAAUCACAAUCUCUUACCCGGAAUUUGCCCUUCUUGUCUUCGAGAAAAGCUUCAACAAUUUCAUCAAUCUCCCAACUAUUCCGAUUCUCAAUCAACUUUCUCUUCCCCUUCUUCUUCUUCCUCCGAUUUUUUCUUCUCCGCCGAUUCCUCUCGCCGCCACCGCCGCCACCACCGUCGUAACGCCUCCGAGUUCGUCACUGGGUCGAUGGCGGUUGACUUGUUAGCGGACAAGCUGAAGAAGACCGGUUCCAUUAGGAUCUCUACCGAUGGCGGCACCGGCGCUGGCGUUAAAGGAAAGAAAAACUUGGGUUUUGGUCAAGGUUGUUGCUCCGCCCAAAAGCUCUGUAUUUUAGUUGAUUUAUCAUUGUAUGAGAUUUUAUUUAGUAAAUGAAUUAGAAUUUUUCUUUUUUGUUCUUUAAUCAUUCACAAUUUCUUUGAA